AUGGAAAACACAAUUCUUCUCGCAAAAAGGUCGGAGGCUGCUGGCCAAGUCACCGUCGACACCACCCGCACCUCGCUCAACGGCUUUGGCGUCUUUGCCAUCAUCGUCUUUGCCGUUGUAUCGCUCAUCGUCAUCCACCCCCUGCGCAUCCCCAUCCCCACCCGCAUCGCACGCUUCCUACGACGAACGGCCCGUAAAGUCUGGCUCGCCCUCGCAGGUCCGCCGGAGACUGAGCAGCAGGACCAGGAUGCGGUCGAACGCGAGUUGAGCAGCAUCCAUGCGGACGAUGACGACAAGGCUCCGAUGCAUCUCACCAUUGACCACGUCUCUGCGCCCCUAAUCGGUGUGUUGGUGCUUCUCGCAACAACCACGAUCGGUGGAGAACAGGUUAAGCAGGGUAUUGUUGGUGAGGAUGGGAUCGAGCCGUACGAUGUUCUCGCGCUGUUCAUCUCUUUAGCCUACAUUGCGAUCAGUCUGGACGCUACCGGGUUGCUGCGCUUCCUUGCGUUUUUGAUCUGUAUCAAGGCUGGCAGACAGGGACGCGAGGCCAAAGGCAAGACGCUUUUCCUGCUGCUGUACUUCUUCUUCUGGUCCGCAGGCGUGCUUGUCGGCAACGAUCCAGUCAUCUUGUCUGGAACCGCCUUCUUGGUCUACUUUACGCGCGUAGCGGGGAUCAGCCCGCCCGAUGCGUGGAUCUGGGCCGAGUUUGUAGCAGCCAACGUUUCUUCAGCGGUACUGGUCAGUUCGAAUCCCACAAAUCUGGUCAUUGCUACCGGAUUCGACGUCAACUUUAUCACGUAUACCGCUUACAUGGUCCUGCCUGCCUUCGGGUCAGCCGUUGGCGGGUUGGCGGCCAUGUUGGUGUUCUUCAGAAACAGAGAGGAAGGGGGAUCAUCCAAGGCUGCAGAGGACGAACAGGACAAGUCAACAAUUAGGAAGUUCGUCGAGAACGUCCCCGUCAUCGGCAGUCGAAUCCAGCGUCGAUCCAGCAAUAGUCAGAUACGACAGCGUUCUACCGCUCCUGUCGACACUGCCGAUCGAUCCUACACCAACGGCGACGGCAACGCCACAGCGGAAAGAACAGGCGGUACAACUCCAGCAUCUGACACCGCCUCCACGACGCCUAUCACCACUAAAGUGCACAAGAAGAGUACGCAACCGCUCAUCUACAUCCCCGAAACCAUCAUCCGUCCGGACGUCGAUCCGCGCGCUGCACUCGUAGACAAGACCGGCGCCAUUUUUGGAAGCAUCGUUAUGGCUGCUACGCUGGCCACGCUUGUGGGCACCUCGGUUGUGGGCGGAGUCAAAGUGUUUGAGAUUGCGGUGCCGGGGGCGGUAUUGUGCUUUGUAAGGGAUGGCGUGGCGGAUUGGCUGAGGUGGAGAAAGCUGCAGCUGGAAAAGACCAAGCCGGAAGAGAUUGGCGAGGGCGUGGCUGCGGAGGGCGAGAGUGGCAGGUCGAAGACGGCGGCGAGGGUGGUGGAGGAGAUCGAGCUGGACACUGUUCCUGCUGCGGCUGAUGGUGAUGCUUCUCGUGGCGAGGGCAAGCACGCAUCUUCUUCCGCAACGACACCGACUUCUGAAUCUGCACCGACACGCAGCCGCAACCCGCUCCGCCGGUGCAUCCAUGCUCACCACCGCCUCACCACCAUCUUCCCCACCGUCACCAUCGUUCUCUCGCGCCUUCCCUUCCCCCUCCUCCCAUUCGCAUUCUCCAUGUUCAUCUUGGUCCAGGCCCUCGCACACGUCGGGUUCAUCAACAUCCUCUCGUCCGGCCUCGGCCGCGUCUGCUCUGCCGGCUAUGUCCCCACCGCUUUCUUCAUCAGCUUCCUCGGCAUCGUCCUCUGCAACAUUGGCGGGACUAAUAUCGGCGCCACUAUCUUGCUGACCAAGUCGGUACGAUCGCCGUACUUCGCCGCAAAGAUCGCUUCGCUCUCGCAGAGGGAUCAGGAGCUCGUGAUGAAGGUCGCGCAGUACUCGAUUGCUUUUGGCUCCAACGUGGGCGCGUUGGGUGGUACCUUUGCGGCUAGUCUGGCAGGGCUGCUGUGGCUGGGUGGCUUAAAGCAGGGCGGAAUCACAGUGGGUGCGGGUCAGUUCUUGAAGUGGUGUGCAGUGGUCGUGGUGCCCAGCACCGUCAUUGGGAUUGCGAUCAUUGUGGCCGAGGUGAGGUACUUUCACGUCAGCACUUAG